UAUUUUUAGGUUAUAUUUUGUUAAAUUUUAAAAACAGAAGUUUACUUUAUACUAAAAUAUGAAGAUCAGAAGGUACAAGAAAGUUAGUAAGUUUUUAAGUUUCUACAAAAAUAGUUUUGGUUUUAAAACGCCUUACCAAGUUUUGGUUGAUGGUACUUUCUGUUAUGCUGCAUUGGAAAACCACAUUAACAUUGCCAAUGAUAUACCAAGAUACUUACAUGAUGAGGUGAAAUUUCUCACCACAUACUGUGCACUGAUUGAAACUGAGGAACUGGGGAAACAAGUUGGUGGUGCAAAAGUAAUUCAAAAGCAAUAUGCUUUGCACAAAUGUGGACAUGAAGGAAAGGCAAUUCCUGGUGAUAAAUGUUUCUUAUCAAUGGUUAAAAAGAAGAAUCCUCAACAUUAUAUAAUUGCAACACAGGAUAAGGACUUGCAGAAGAGGUUACAGAGAUUACCAGGUGUUCCUGUAAUUUAUCUAAACAUGAAAACACCUAUUUUGUUACCACCAUCACAUGCAUCAGAAAAGGCAACACAAAAACAAUCUAAUGCUGUAGUUCAAGCACAGAAAACAAAUAUUGAUUUGAUGAAAAAACAGAAGGGAUUACUUGUUGAAGGUGCUGAUAAACCUAAGAAGAGGAAAUUGAAAGGUCCCAAUCCACUGUCUUGCAAAAAGAAGCAAAAUCCUACCAAAGUUGAUGAAUCUAUUAAUAAAGUGGAGGAUGGAAAGGUUGAGAAAAGAAGUAGGAAGAAAAUUAGGAUUCCUAAGCAUGUUAAAGAAUUGUUAAUAAAUAAUGUAAAUAAUCAA